UUAGAUCCAGCUGGUUGAAGAAAUGCGAUCGGCCUCCCUGGCUUCCGCCUGCGUUGAAAUGCAAAACGAAAGGUCGCAGGUGUUUGGGUGAUUUUCCCGGGGGAGGUGAGAUGAAGAGGGGUGGUUUGGCCUGCGAUGAGGUGAAGAAGGGUUGAUUCCCAGUCCGACCGACGCUGUUUGUGUUUGUGUCGCUCGCUGGCAGGGCGGAUUGCUCUUUGUCGCGCAAGUCUCUGUCCCGCUGUGGGCUUUGGUGACAAAUCCCGUUGGACAAAACACAAAACCACAUCCCACCCCAGCCCCAUCUACACUUUCCACAAACCUCCCCACAACAAUGGCCGCCGAACUCCCCUCAUCCUCCCUCUCGGGCGUCAAACACAUAGUCCUCGUUCUGUCCGGAAAAGGCGGCGUCGGCAAAUCUUCUGUCACAACCGAACUCGCACUAACACUCGCGGAGCACGGGAAGAGGGUCGGCGUGCUGGAUAUUGACUUGACCGGGCCCAGUAUCCCGAGGAUGUUUGGAUUGGAGGACGCUAUGGUGCAUCAGGCUUCCAAUGGCUGGGUCCCUGUCUACACCGAUGAAACCAAACGUCUCGCCGUCAUGUCCCUCGGCUUCCUCCUCCCCAACAAAGACGACGCCGUGAUCUGGCGCGGGCCAAAAAAGACCGCCAUGAUCAAGCAGUUCCUCGAAGACGUCGCCUGGGGCGAGCUCGACUACCUCCUCAUAGACACGCCGCCGGGCACGUCGGAUGAGCAUAUCUCGGUGGCGGAGAACUUGAGGAAUUAUAAGCCGGAUGGGGCGGUGAUUGUGACGACCCCGCAGGCGGUGGCGUUGUCGGAUGUGAGGAAGGAGUUGAACUUUUGCGGGAAGGUUGGGAUUCCGAUUAUUGGGGUCGUGGAAAAUAUGAGUGGAUUCAUUUGUCCUCAUUGCACGGAAUGCACGGACCUCUUCUCGAAAGGCGGCGGCGAAGCAAUGGCCAAAGAAUUCAAUGUCGCAUUCCUGGGCCGGGUGCCCAUCGACCCCGGCUUGACAACGCUGAUAGAAGCCGAGGGAGGGACGUUCAGUUCCCGGUUUACGCAGUCGGCGCUGUAUCCUGUGUUUCAGGAGGUUACUGCGAAGGUUGUGGAGAAGUGUGGGGAUACGUUCUAGACGAGAAAGCAUGUUCGCCAUCGGGAGAGAAGGGAGUUGGGAAAAUCUCACAGUACAGUAGCGGUUUUGGGCGUAGAGGUAGC